AUGCACGAAACAUUACGGGAUAUUGCUAAGCUCGUAUCAACGAUAAAAGUGAAGGAACGAAGUAGUUGAAUUGAUCGCAAAAUGUUUAAAGUGCAAAAGAUAGGCCAAUUUGGCCAUGUGGUGAAGCGAGGCAUGUCAGAUAUUGUCCAAACUGUAGAGCAACGUAGUCAUUCCCCCGGAGAAGGUCCUGAAAAAAUGUGGAGGAACCUAACUUUCUUCGUAGCCUUUCCUACGAUUCUAGUUUCCAUGGUUAAUUGUUAUCUUAAGAAACAAGAAGAAAAAGGACAGCUACACCGACCUGAAUAUAAGGAAUAUCCAUACAUGAAGGUUAUGAACAAGCCUUUUCCUUGGGGGGAUGGUAAACAUUCACUUUUCCACAACCCUAAAAUGAAUUAUAUACCUGGUGUUGGUUAUGAAGAGUAACUCUAAAAUUAUUAAUGUCUAGUUCACAUUAACUAAUAUUAUGUACAUAUAUUUAUCUUGUAUUGUA